CCCAUCGGCCGUCGAAAUUUCCUUAAUUUAACGAAAACCUGUUGUUAAAACAUGUUAGAAGCGUUUACGAAAUCUGUUUGUGGCAAAACAAUGGUAAAAUAGUGAAAAUAAGCUGUAGUAAUGGGGGAGAAGAUGAAUAGAGAGUACUUCGCUUCGGACACUGCAACCUUCAACUACAAUAAUGUGACGGGCGGCGCAGACAGCGCCAGCGGAGGUUCGGGCGGGUCGGGCAUGGAGUGUAUGCAGUUGCGCUCGCCCCCCGGACCCUUCCAUUACCUCAUCUCGGAGCAGGCUAAGUCCCUCGUCGCUCUACAGGAACUCCAGAAUGAGGUCGGAGCUCUGCUCGAGUUUCGCGACCUCGUCAUCGAGACAUUCCCGAACCUCCGCUCGAAGAUGGCACCGUCGACGCCCGCCAGCGGCACCCGCCGAGACUGGGAGCCGGGCGUGCGCGUGCGGCGCAAGCUCGCCGGAGGGGGCGGCGACGCGGCGCGCGCCAAGCCGCAGCCCUCCGUACAGGACUCGGGCUUCAGCACCGAGACGUCCUGCGGCAAAGACGCGCACUCGUCGUCCGCCUCCGCAUCGGCGCCCGCGUCUCGUCCGCGCCCGCUCGAGGACGAACUGUGGGCGCUGCUCGACGUCAUCCAGCGCAAGGGCGGGCGGCUGCGCGACGAGGCCGAGGUGCUGCGCGGCGAGCUGGACGAGCGGCACGAGGCGGACACGGCGGAGGAGUCUUUCGCGCGCGCCCUGUCCGCCGGCUGCGGCGACGGCGCCGACCUGCGGCGGCUGCGUUGCGAGCGCGACGCGCUUCUCGCGCGCGCCGCGCAGCUGGAGGCAGAGGCGGCGCACGCGCCGCUUGCUCUGCGCGCGCCUCUCGGCCGACUCGACAGCGCCCUGCACGCGCCCGCUCCCAUGCCGAAGGUGCCCGUUCCGGACUCGAAGAAGUUCGCGGCGAUUCUCCUCGAGAGCAAUCCCGUCGAACUUCAAAGACAGCUUCUCACCACUACCGUACAAAAUCAGUUACUAUGCGAGCGGUUAAAGCGCGCAGCGGCACUGCGCACAGCGCUACUGGAACGGUACGAGCAAACGCGCGAUCAAAACGACGACCUCAGGUUUAGGUUGGAGGAAAAGAACAUAGAGUUAGAAGGCGCGCGAGCUCGAGUGCGGCAGCUGGAGACGCGCGAGCGCGCGCGCUCCGGCGACAGCCUCGAACGCAGCCGCGAACCGCACAGUAGCAUGCGCGACAUGGAGCCGCUACCCAUCCCCGACGAUGCCGACGACGACGACCGCCACGCCAGCGGGCCGGGCGGCACGCCGCGGCGCCGGCCCUCGCGCAUCCCGCUUCACACGGCGCACAAGGGCGCAGCCGCGCGUCGCGCGACGCGUCGGUGUCGGUGUCGGCGCCCACCCCGCGCAAGGACGGCAAGUCGGCGGUGCCGGUGCGGCGCCCGCCCGCCGCGCACGACAGCAAGGUGCGCUCCCGCUCGUUCUGGAACACCUGGUUUUUCAAGGACUCGUAGUGCCGCCGCCUGACGCGCCGAGUGCUAAACCCCACCGUGUGACAGUGCACCUCAGUGACUCACUCGUUAACAGUUCGUGCCGUUUUUCCCCCGUUCGGUAUUGGUUCCCGAGUCGCGAGCGCGAGCCGCCCGUCACGUAGUACACAUGCCAUUAUGUCGAUCGUAAGUUUUCGUUUCAUCUUCUUUCUUUUCGCUUCGACAUCGUUGGUCCCGAUUGCGAGACCUUACCUUUAGUUCCGAUGUAGAUUGAUUUUUAAGUUGUAGUUUUUUGUUUGUUUGGUUCGAAUCGUAGUUGGGGAAGCAUGUCCUUACACUACUAACAUAUUAAUCUUGUCACUAAACAAUCUCUGUGCUGGCUUGAAAAUCUAGAUUCUGAAAGAAAUCUCUUAAAUUGUUAACCUUAUCAUGACUAGUAAUAAUAUUAUCGAAUUAAGAAAUGUACUCGCUACAAAAUGAAAUCAAUUUAAAUACAGUUAAAAUGAAGUGUUUUAAAGCAUGUAACCUGCAGAAACUUAAUGUAAUGUGAACAUUGUACAGCCACAUCAUGGCCAGUGAAUGAAAUAAUGUUGCGAUUUUUACGCCACCCACUAUCCGGAAACAUACAUAUUAACACAUCCUUGUAAAAGUUGUCGUCUGUCGUGGAAGUGCGUGACGCUUAUUACAUAUUUUUGCAAAAUUAAUUUAUUUACACACGGGAACCAACUCGAUCCGCUUUACUUAAUGUUCACACGCUAUCCCGUCACACGAUAACUUUCGGUGGCAUGGGUUCAUUUAUUUAAUCAAUUUUGUGUUAUGUACAGUCGUCAUUGUUUGCGAAUUCUAGAAUCGAUUAAACAAGUUAAAAGUGAAUUUAUUAAAUAAUUGUGACAAUUCCAUAAAUAUCUUAGAAGCUAUGGUAAGUGUAAAAUUGUAUCUUAUAUUCCACUGCUACACAUAGCGUGCCAAUUCACGAGUAACACAGUAUUUACAUUAGUUUUUGUGCUCAUUACGUUAAUUUUAUUUUGUUUGUUAUUUAUUAUUUUUUGACAUGGUGGCAUAUGACGCAUUGGCCCGGAAUUGCACACAAAAAAUAAAUAUGAAAAUAACUUGCGCACGUGUUAAGAUUCUCGUAGUGAACACUGUAGCAGUGCAUAUUAAUUUCGCGAUUUUCCCGUACAGGGUCAGCUUUAGCACGAAAAAUAAAUUUUGCAGUACGUAAUGAAAAGGCUACGAGCACGUGAAUUAGUUAGUCUAACGUUCUAUUUCUUUCACCGUUCGGAUACACAAAUAAUCUAUUCUAACUUACCGAACGGUGAAAAGAAAUUCAACGUGAACGUUGUCGGCGGUAGGGUUAUGUGUGACUGAUGUUCGUGCGGG